UAAUAAGUGCACCACCUUCCACCAAAAGUAGUUUUCAGGAAGAGAUCAGAAAGAAAAAUUGGAAUUUGAAGGAAAGAUAUCGAAUAGCUAUCAAUUCAAUUGUAUUGAAGAUGAUGAAACUAAGGUCAAAGAAGUUCUCCAGAACCAACUCAUCAAAGUCAGCAGCAAGUGGCAGCGCCGCCGCAGCCAACGCCACCGUGAGCGGCGGUGAAAUCAAAUGGGAACUUCGCCCCGGCGGCAUGCUUGUCCAAAAGAGAGAAUGUGUAGAUAAAGCUGAAGAGAUUAUCACGCUCAGAGUCUCAACCGUCUCGCAAUGCCAUAAUAUCUCCAUCCAAUCCACCUCAACUUUUGGAGAGCUGAAGAUGAUGUUGUCGUUGGUGACCGGUUUAGAACCAAAGGAACAAAGAGUUCUGUACAAAGGGAAAGAAAGGGAAGAUUAUGAACACUUGCACAUGGUGGGUUUGAGCAAUAAGGACAAGGUUCUACUACUAGAAGAUCCGGCCAUCAAAGAGCAGAAACUUCGUGGCUUAGCCGCCGGCGGCCGGCGACCAGCUCCGGUGGUCGGAUCUCCUUUCCGCACCAUUACUGUAUAAAAUUUAAAUAUAUAUAUAUAUAUGUUAAUGCGCCUUAAUAUCAUAUAAUUUGUUUUUUUCGAUCUCCACCCAACUAACACUUGAUUCAUUAUAUAUGAUGAUCACCAACUUUGGGUUACAUAAAUUAGUGUAGGAACAUGGGAGUUUUUAAUUAAUUUGUCACCUACAUACCCUGUUGGUUGGGGGUGCAGUGCCAGCUGUACGUAGGAUUACUAAAUCGUGUAACGUGAUGCGUUUCCACGUCAUUUGUAUUAGUUUUAAUACAAAGUUUAUACAUAAAAGAAUUAUUUGUUUUACU